AUGGAGCACACAUGCACUAGGAGCUACAAAAACCCUAGGUGUUCUGCCAACUUCCUUGCAAAGAAGUUGAUGAAGAAGGUAAGGAGACAACAUAAUAUUAAGCUAAGGGACAUUCAAGAGGUUGUGCAUGAGAAGCAUGUUAUAAAUAUCAGUGCAGGAAAAGCCAGCAGGGCUAGGGAAAAGGCCCAGGAGUUUGUUGAUAGGUCCUAUGUAGAGCAGUACAAUCAAUUGUGGGAUUACUAUGCAGAACUGAGGAGGUCCAACCCUGGCAGUACAAUUCUAAUGAAGAUAUACACAUUCAAUGAAGGUGAGUUUGCAGCUGAGAUGGACUUACAGGCUGGUCUACCUUAUUUUGAGAGAUUUUACAUAUGCUGGUCUGGGUGUAAGCAAGGGUUCAGGGUAGGUUAUAGGCCAAUAAUUGGGUUGGAUGCUUGUCACCUAAAGACUAAGAUAGAGGGCCAACUGAUGGUUGCAAUUGCCAGAGACCCCAAUGAAGAAUAUUUCCCUCUAGCAAUUGCAGUGGUGGAAGCAAAAACCAAGGACUCAUGUAUUUGGUUUAUAAAUUUGCUUCUAAUAGACAUUGGUGAUGAGAAAAGGUGGACAUUCAUAUCAGACCAUCAAAAGGGGUUGGUGCAAGCAUUUGCAGACAAAUGGCCACAGUAUGAGCACAUAAUUUGUUGUAGACACUUGUACAACAAUUUGAGGAAGCAACAUCCUGGCAUAAUGAUUAGGGAGUUGUUUUGGAAAGCAACUAAAACCGCAUAUGCACAUGAAUUUGAAAGGAUAAUGAAUGAGAUGAAGGACAUUGAUGAGGGUGCAUAUAAUUGGUUGAAAGGACAUACCACAACAGUAUGGGCUAGACACAUGUUCAGAACUAAUGCAUUGAGUGAUACUAUCAUCAACAACAUGUGUGAAAGUUUCGAUAGCAGGAUACUGAAAUUUAGGGGGAAACCCAUCAUUAGCAUGCUUGAGGACAUAAGGUUAUACCUAAUAAUCAGAUUCCAACAAAACAGAAACAGUAUUAUGAGGGUCGAAUCUGAGCUCUGCCCUAAAAUUUGUAAAAGGCUACAUAGGGAGAAGGUGGGCAAUGGUAGGUGGUUAGCCUAUUGGGCUUCUGACACCAAAUUCGAGGUGAAGAAUGGACUGCAGAUCUUCAUUGUAGACCUGGCUAAGGGGGUGUGCAGCUGUAGGAAAUGGGAUAUCACUGGUAUCCCAUGCUACCAUGCAAUUUCAUGCAUAUUCUUCAAUAGAGAGCAAGCUAAGAAAUACACUAAUGCUUGCUACCACACCAGCACAUACAAAGCAUGUUAUGAGCACACCAUUGAUCCACUCAAUGGUGCCAAUAUGUGGACCUCAACUGGUCUCUCCCCUGUGCAGCCUCCCAUAAAAAGAAAGCCACCAGGCAAGCCCAAGAAAAAGAAAAUCUUAGAACCCAAUGAACCAAGGAGGGGUCACUACAAGGGCUUAGGUAUUGCCAAGAGGUACAAGUCCUGUGGGAAGAUAGACCAUAACAAAAGAAGCUGUAAGGGUGAGGUUGGAGGUAAUUCUUCACUGCUUGGUGCCUAA